CUCGAGCGCAAGCUGCGCGGGCGCAACGCCUCACUCCGAUCGCAGGUCCGAGUGGCGUGGCCGCACCGCCGUCGAGCGAACAGCUACCAGUCAGUGAAGUGCUUGUAAAGUGUGAACUUUCAGUGUGAUAUUGUGAUACUCAGAUGCCAGAGUUGCGAGCGCGAUGACGCGGGACACGUACGAGAUGAAGCCGAACCGGCUGUCGCGGGGCAGUUCCCUCUUCGGUGCGGACCCUCAAGUGCAGUUGAGGACGGCUCUGUUAGCAAACGAUUUUGCAACUUUUAAAAAACUCGUCAGCUACGGUACAGUGGAUCUUGAGCACGUGUAUCAAUACCCAGAUUACAAGACAUGUCUGGAGAUAGCAGUUUCCGAACCGAACAAACAAGAUUUUGUCAAGCUUUUACUGCAACAUGAAGUGGAAGUGAAUAAAGUGAAUGAAACACACGCUAUGGCUCCUAUACAUUUUGCAGUGGAAAAUGGAAAUAUCGAAGCAUUACGGCUGCUGCUGGAGGAUGACAGGAUCGACGUGAACAUCAAGAGCAAAGGUAACACGGCUUUAUUGAUGGCCAUCAAGCAUAUCGAGGACCUUGAUGAUGACCGGGAACGUGACUUGGCUAUCUAUGAAGACAUGGUUGAGCUGCUGCUAAAAGCAGGCUGCAAUGCUAAUAGUCCCGAUUCUAAGGGCGUAACUCCGGUACAUUCUGCUGCCAAACAAGGUCUGGAACGAGUUGUUACUUUGAUAUUAGACUAUACUAAAGAACCUGUUCACUUAGACGCGUACAAAGAUAUAAGAGGAAGGACAGCACGAUAUUAUCUCGAACAAGCAUUUCCACAUUUGUUGGCAAAGUUCGAAACUCAGGAAGUAGAACCAGAAGAAAUUACUGUUGAUAAAUUAUUUUCAUAUCUCAGCAGACACGAAGAAGAUAAUUUUAUCCGCGAUUUUACAAAACUAGUUAAGAAAAAUGAGCAUCGCACAGCGUUAGCAGCUAACAACGGGAUGAGCACAAUGUUACAGAUGGCUACUGAAAAAGGAAUGUACAGAGUAGUUGGGACUCUGCUCCUCUCUGGAGCUGAUCCAAAUGCUACAUGUUCCGGUAACACCAGUAGGCCUAUAGGAAUAGCUUGUCAAUAUGGACACUACAAAAUCCUGAAAAUGUUUGUCGACAACGAAUCAACUUUAUUCGAUCCAGUAAAUGGAGAAUCUCUUUUACAAAUUACUGUAAAGGGCAUGCGAUCUUAUUCCAAUACACCGAAAGAAAACUUCAAUGAUUGUUUACAACUAUUAUUAAAACACCCUAAAGUCAACAUAAACAUUAACCAUCCUGAUAUGAAAGAUAACACAGCAUUGCACUACGCCGCAAGGAACGGAGACCAAGAUACAGUUUUAGAGUUAUUAAGAAACGGAGCCUGUGUGGGAUUGCGGAACAAAUUCGAUGAACCACCAUUGGCAGAUAUUAACGCAAAAACAUUGGAAACUUAUUUGGAUGAAUGUGUCACGACCAAUAGCCAACGGCCAAGUGACGACGAUUAUGAGAUACAUAUGAAAUAUAGCUUUCUUGUUUAUCCCAACAAUUCGUUGGAAAAUGAGCUCUGCAAGGUGCCUUUAAUGGAUAAUUCCAGUACUCACGAAAAAGAAUUAGAUUCACUCUUAGCGCCCGAAACGGAUGCUUUGCUAUACAUGACAAGGAACGAAGAUCUGCGGCCAUUACUAAAACAUCCAGUCAUCACUAGUUUCUUGUAUCUGAAGUGGCAGAGGAUAAGUUGUCUGUUCUACGCCAAUAUAACAUUUUACUCACUUUUGUGGUUGUGCUUGAUCCUGUACAUAAUGUUGGGAUACGGGGUAGAGAAGAAGCAAUCGAAGUCAAUAGAAGCGCUGAAUGUGAUUACUCAUGUCGGAGCCAUCAUUGGCUUGAUCCUCUUAAUAUUCCGAGAGCUGUUCCAGUUACUUGUAGCGCCGACACGGUACUUGCAAAGUUUGGAGAAUUGGAUGGAAAUAGUAUUGAUAUUUGUGACCGCACUUGUAGUAGGGAACGACUCAGCGGCAGAGUCUACUAAACAACAAUUGUCCUCAGUGGCUAUCUUACUGUCAUCCGCUGAAUUAGUUUUACUAAUUGGUCAGUUCCCUACUCUAUCAACUAAUAUUGUUAUGUUGAAAACAGUCUCAUGGAAUUUCUUCAAAUUUCUGCUCUGGUAUUGUAUCUUGAUAAUAGCAUUUGCUUUAAGCUUUUACACAUUAUUCCGACAUGAACAGGAAGACGAAGAUCAGAAAGCACCGGAUCCAAACAAUACAGGAAAAGAGGAGGAGGAAGAAGAGGACUUCUUCGAAGAUCCAGGCAGGUCACUAUUUAAGACGAUAGUCAUGUUAACGGGAGAAUUUGACGCCGGAUCUAUUAAAUUCAGUACAUUCCCAGUGACGAGUCAUUUUAUAUUUAUUGUAUUCGUGUUCAUGAUUCCAAUUGUAUUAUUUAAUUUACUCAACGGUUUAGCUGUAAGCGAUACUCAAGAAAUCAGAGCUGAUGCAGAACUAGUGGGGCACAUUUCUCGAGUUAAACUAAUAUCGUACUUUGAGAGCGUGCUCAUUGGCAGUGCUAAGUCCUAUGGCAAGCCCUGUACGUGCUGGUCGUGGAUGCCGGCCAGUUUCGAAAGUUUAAACAUUAUAAAGCCGAAAAUGUUUUGCAUGAAACCUUUCGCUAAACGAAUAAGUUUAUUCCCGCAUUUUUUGCCGAAAUAUAGGAUAAUUGUGAAACCAAACCAGGACAACAAGAUCGAGAUACCUCACGCUGAACCUCUCAAGUACGGAGAUGAUUAUGAAGACAUUGAAGGCGGCGCGGGAGGUUGUUGCUUCGAACGCUGCCAGAACUACAGACUGGAUCGGAGGAUCGUGAAGAAUGCAAAACUGGUUGUGAGUAAGAAAACGCACAUUACCGAAUUUGACGAAAUUAAAAAUCAGCUGUCGAAAUAUGAACGCAAAAUAGAUGAUCUUGAAAUUACUAUGAAGAAGGUUUUACAGGCUUUGAAUUCUAAUCAAAAGUAGUGUUGUUACUAAGCGACGUAUUUUUUAUUUCUUUGAUAAUAUUAUUAAUGCUUUUAUAACAAAUAUUUAUAAGACGUCUGGACGAUUACAU